CUGAUUGUGUUUUUAAUGAAAGAAAAUGUCGGAAAAAACGACAAUCUCCCUGCCUGCGGAUUAUCGCAAUCCGGCCUCGUUUGAAGAAAGUCGGGAGAAUCCAUGCAAUUUUUCCAGGAACCGCAAACUCCACGUCGUCGUCGCCGGGGUCUACUUCGUCUUCAACAGCUCCCUGGGCUCGUCACUCUCCUCCGGGGCCGACGAUGAAAUCGCCCGCCAGUUCGCCAUCCCGCGCGAUGGCCUCAAGAUGGUGCUCCCAACCUCGCUCUACAUGGCCGGAUUCGCCGUUGGGCCGCUCCUCUUCGGCCCCCUGAGCGAACACGUUGGCCGCAAGCCCGUGCUCGUCGCCACGUACUCCAUCUACCUCCUCUUCACCAUGGGGUGUGCCCUCGCAUCGACCUUCGCCCAGCUCCUCGUCUUCCGGUUCUUCUGUGGGCUGGGCGGCUCGGCGCCCAAUGCUGUCCUGGGCGGGUUGUUCUCCGACAUCUACAACGACCCUCACCAACGGGGGCUGGCGAUGUCGUGGUUCAUGUUCGCAACCACGUUUCCCCCCCUCCUGGGCCCGAUCAUCUCGGGCUUCGUGUCGACUGUCUCGUGGCGGUGGGCGUUCUGGGCCGGUCUCAUCAUCGCGAGUCCGGGCUUGCCUUUCCUUCUCACCAUGCCCGAGACAUACACGCCUGUUUUGCUGCGGCGGGGGGGGGAAUCGAGUGAUGAUUCUUCCAAGGCACAGACACAACCCUCCAUGCUCUCGAUCCUUGGCCGCCCCUUCGCCAUGUUCUUCCAGGAGUCGAUCGUCUUCUGCUGCUCAAUGUAUCUUGCCCUGGUGUAUUCCACGCUGUAUCUCUACUUCCAAGCAUACCCCAUCGUCUUUCAAGACCUCUACGGAAUGACCCCAGGAAUAGGCGGUCUCGCCUUUCUCCCCAUCCUCCCCGGUUCCAUCCUCGCCUUCAUCGUCUUCUUCCUCUACAGCUCCCACCACACCAAGGCCCUCCAAGCCGGCCACCCCUGGGCCCGAGUCGAAGAAUACCGCCGCCUCCCACUCGCCUGCAUCGGCGCGCCCGCCAUCCCCAUCGCGCUCUUCUGGCUCGGCUGGUCCGCCAACCCGUCCCUCAGCCCCAUCAUGCCCAUGAUGUCCGGCGUGUUCUUCGGCUUCGGCUACCUGCUGAUCUUCAUCGCGCUGCUGAACUACCUCACCGACGCCUACAAGCAGUUCUCGGCCUCCGCGUCCGCCGCCGCCAGCACCUGUCGCUCCGUCUUCGCGGUCUGCUUGCCCCUCGCCACCACCGCCAUGUAUGGCACCCUGGGCAUCGAUUGGGCCAGCUCCCUGUUGGGGUUCUUUUCGGUUGCCAUGGCUGGGAUUCCGUUUUUGUUUAUUCGGUUUGGCGCCAGGAUUAGGGCUGGGAUCUUUUCAGGAUUAUAUAUAGACUGA